GUCAAAGUAAAAAGUUGUGUCCGCCUCUCCUAAGGACGGCCAAGAGUGCUAAGAAGCGCGCCAAAGUUGUGUUUUUCGCGCCAAACCACUGAACUGUUCGCAUCGUCGUCAACGGAAGCCAAGAUAUUCUGGAACUUUGUUUUUGUUAUUUUUUUUUUUACCAUUAUUGUGUCUAUCUUUGGUGUCUGCUCCUACUAGCUGUCUGUAUGGGAUAUUUUUGAAAACAUCCUGUCAAAGUUUUUAGAAGAUGCCAACCACUAGAGCCGGAGAGAAGUUCGGUAAAAUGGAAUUCGGCUAAAACAGACCUUUAUAAGCCUUUAAGUCGCACAGUGUUUACAUAUUAGGGAUUGAAGUAGUCAGAGUUUCCAACUUUUUCCCAUAAAGAAAAUUCCAAAGAUGAAUGCGACGUUGUCGCCACUCGGAAUAUCCAAUAAAACUUAUGACUAUCAAACGAGAGAACUGAACGUGACCUAUGUCGUUUGCGAAAUAAUAGUGGCCAUUCUGGCGGUAUUGGGAAAUGCUUUGGUCGUUUAUGUAUUCCUGAAAGAGAAAAAACUGAGAAGGAGAACGAAUUAUUACAUCUUCUCCUUAGCCACGGCAGAUUUCCUAGUGGGGUUUUUAGGAAUCCCUUCUGCUAUAUUGUCAUCUGUGGGGUUGCCCAAGAAUUUGCACGCGUGCAUGUUUUCUGUUUCCUCUUUGGUUGUACUAUGUACGAUUUCAAUAUUUUGCCUCGUGGCAGUUUCUGUGGACAGAUACUGGGCUAUAUUGCACCCCAUGGGAUAUUCCAGGAAUGUUAGAACAAAGACUGCUCUAGUUAUAAUCAGUAUUUGCUGGUUCGCCGGAUCACUGGUAGGCUUUCUUCCUCUAAUGGGUUGGCACCAAGAUAGACCGAACACGGUGGACUGCUUCUUUCUGAAUGUCAUGGAUUACAACUACCUGGUCUUUUUAUAUGUUGGGACGAUCAUCACACCAACCGUGGUUUUGAUUGCUUUUUAUGCCCAUAUUUAUAGGGUGGUGUUGAAACAGGUCCGACAAAUCGUCGUUAUAAACCCAAAUGACGGAAAUAAAAAAUGCAAGAAUAUCUCAUCAGGAGGGAUGAUCAGGAUGCUAGGUGUUCAUCAGCGCAAUGAAGUGAAAGCGACCCAAAAUCUAGCCAUUAUAGUAUUAUUUUUCAUGAUUUGCUGGAUACCUUUAUACACUAUCAACUGUAUCCUAGCUUUUUAUAAAGACUUCCACGUAGAUUCAACUGUCAUGUACUUUUGCAUAAUAUUAUCUCAUUUAAGUUCUGCUGGAAAUCCGCUUUUGUACGCCUACCAUUUAAAAGAUUUCCGUGCAGCGCUUAAGACUUUUUUUUGUAAUCUAUUUGGAAUCAAGCAAGAAUGCUGCGAUCAGUUUCCUCCCAAAUAUGCUUCGCAUUAUAGCCAAAAAGCUCAAUUUAGACAUUCUUCUAAACCUAAUCUUGAGUUGCCAACGAAAGUAUCAAAUUGCCCGAAAGUUGGAGUGAUAGUGAAAAAUUCCGCAAUGCUUGCAGCUGCCCCUACAGGCAAGCUGAAUAGAAGCAUUUGGAAUAUUGCGGAAGAUUCUGGGAGAGAUUCGGCCCCUUCUUCUCAAGAUUCUUCCAAAGAUAUUGAAUCUAGCCAUCAUGAUACGAUUUUAAUGAUACGUCCAGCAACUCCAUAUAAAGCUGGACUUUUGAAGGAAGUCAAUCAUGCAUAUGUAGAAUCUUCAAGCAUAGACGAAUCUUCAGAAGAUCCAUAUAUGCUAGAAUGCCUUCCUCCAUCUAAAGACAUUAUUGAAGAAACUUGUCUGAGCGAAGUAAUACGAUCACAUAAAAAUUCUCCUAAAAUUGUUUUGAAAAAUUACUCUAAAUCCUCUCCUCAAUUAUCCAAAGGAGUUUUUGUAAUGGAUUGUGAGCCUAACAACAAACCAACGGAAGAUGAAAAGCCAAAUAAUCACCUAUGUGCAAAUGAAGCAAAAACCAGUCAUAAAUUGAGUCCCUAUAAAAUAGUUAGCAGUCUGUUCAGAAGCAGAAGGCAGUUGAAUAGGAGCUUGAGUGACUCAGAUUCGAUCAGGAAGUUGAACGGAGUAGUGACUGAUCAUUAUUCUGUACCUAUAUAAUUUUAAGUUGUGUUGUAAUUUCUAAGGUAUAUAAGCUAUUUAUUGUGUCAAUGUCGAUGAGUAAAAUAUAUUCUAU